GGUUCAAUUUAAGGCUGUUUGCCAUUAUUGCCAAAAAACUUACCGUGCUAAUAGUAAGGGUCAUGGUACUACUAAUUUAUUGAAUCAUACACCAAACUGUGUUAAGAACCCUAAUAGAGCUUCACUUAAAGGGCAACAAACCUUAGCAUUUGAACCCAAAAUGGAUGGAGAGGAAAGGCUUAAGCUUGUACCAACAACCUUUACUGUUAAGGCUUCUAGGAAGGCACUCGCUAAAAUGAUUAUAAUAGACGAGUUGUCUUUUAGGUUUGUUGAAGGGUAUGGGUUUCAAAGAUAUUCAACAACCUUACAACCUAAAUUGCAAAUUAGGGAUAUCCCAUCUUAUCAAACUGUAUCUAGGGAUUUGAUUAGCAUUUAUGGUGUUGAGAGAGAGAAACUAAGGGAAGCCUUGAAAGGUCGUAGGGUGUGCCUUACUACGGACACAUAGACUAGUAUUCAAAAUCUAAAUUAUAUGUCCCUCACAGGUCAUUUUAUUGAUGAUGAUUGGAACUUGCAUAAGAGAAUUUUGAAUUUUUGUCAAGUGGAAGACCAUAGGGGGGAGACUGUAGGUAGAAAGAUUGAGAUGUGUCUGCGUGAGUGGGGUGUUGAUGGCAUAUUCACCUUGACAGUGGAUAAUGCUUCCUCUAAUGGUACUACCAUUAAAUUUUUACAAAAAUUAACUAAAGAUUAGAAGGGGAUUAUUUUAGAACAUGAGUUCUUACAUAUGAGAUGUUGUGCACAUAUCUUAAAUCUGAUUGUGAGAGAUGGUUUGAAAGAAAUUAAUGCAUCCAUUGCUAGGGUGCGUGAAGCGGUAAGGUAUGUGAAGUCCUCACCAAAUAGAAAUCAAACUUUUAGGAGUAUUAUGGAGAGAUUAGGUAUUGAAUCCAAGUGUUUACUAAGUCUUGAUGUACCUACUAGGUGGAACUCUACCUAUCUCAUGUUAGAUACUGUUGAAAAAUUUGAGAAAGUGUUCCUAAGAAUGGACUUUAAGGAUGAUAGCUAUUCUUCAUACUUUUUUAACAAGGAAAAUAGUGGUGGUUUGGAAUCUCCUUAUGGGGUUGAUUUUCAAAAUUGUAGGACAUUUGUGGAUUUCUUGAAACUUUUUUACAAUGCAACAAAAAAGUUCUCCGGUUCUUUGUAUGUGACUUUAAAUACCUUCUUUGAUGAGAUGUUUGUGAUUCAAGAGAAUAUUGCUCAUUUAAUUAAAUCUCAAAAUCAUCUCUUGAAAAACAUGGCAACUAAAAUGGAAGCUAAAUUUGAAAAGUACUGGGGGAAAGGGGAUAAAAUUAAUAAGCUUUUGUAUGUGGCUGUGGUUCUUUAUCCAAGGAAGAAAAUGAGGUUUUUGAAGUACUCUUUUUCUGAAAUUUAUGAGGAUGAAGUGGCUAAUGAGAUGGUUGACUUAGUAGGGAAUUUCAUGGCUAGGUUGUAUGAUGAUUACUCUAGGGUUGAUUCACCAAAUGUGGUGCUACCAAGUGAGAAUGAGAGGACACACAUGGAAGGUGAUACAGUUGGUUGUAGUGAUCCAUAUGCAAUGGUUAAUUCACGAUACGAGCGGUUUUUAGAGGCUGAGAAGUCUAUAGGGUGUAGCAAUAAGAUUGAAAAAUAUUUGAUUGAAAAUUGUAAGAGUAGAGGGGAUGUGAAAUUUGAGAUUUUGGGGUGGUGGAAAGCCAAUUCAGAUAGGUACCAAGUGCUGUCCAAAAUGGCUAGGGAUGUGCUGGCUAUACCUGUUUCUACGGUUGCUUCUGAAUCGGCUUUUAGUACCGGAGGGUGCAUACUUGAUCCAUUUCGAAGUUCACUCUCCCCUCUCAUGGUUCAAAAUCUUGUUUGUGCUCAAAAUUGGCUGCAAGCCCAUGUCCCAAUUUCUUUUCGCAAGUCAAAGGACGAGAUGGAGGUCUUGGAGGAUGAAUUUCAUGAAUUAGUUUUAAAUCAAGCAACAACAACAGCAAGUUCUAGUUCCUGUUCAAACAAAGGUGGUACUUGUACCACAGUUAAUAUUGAUAAAUGAUCACUGAUUGGGAGGAUGGAAGGUCGCCUUUUGUAUAGGAGGGAGUUUUUUUGGAUAUAUUUUGAAGCUUUUUUGGACAGAUGUGUAGCUUUUCUAAUUAUACAUGAACUCUUGUCUUGCUUAGAGGAAGGAAAACUUAGCAUUUGUGUAGGCUUUUCUUUCUAUAAGUUAUGGACUUGCUAACUAUAGAUAAUAGAGUAGUUCUUUACUGCCUUAGGAAAGCUAUUUUUGGAAAUACUUAUAGUAUUUCAUAAUUGUAACUUAUUAUAUAUACUGUUGGGAAUAUUGCCUACU